AUGACACUAUCGUUUACAACUCAUCUGCGACCAAACUUUGAUAAACGAAACCCAAAACUUCUAUAUAAUUUAACUACAGCCACUCAAGAAGUUAUUUUGCCUGAUAUUCAUGAUGAUCAGAGCGUGUCAGAAAUUUGUAGUUUUCUUGAUAAAACGAACUGUGAAAGAUGGAAAGACUGUUGUACUGCUGCAGUGUCAUGUUGUGAAAGACAAAUCAACGCUUUUCCAACUUCAACUUCUGAUUUAAAAUGUCCCAUGACAUGGGACGGAUUUGGUUGUGUUGACAGCACUAAUCCAGGUACAAAUUCCAUCAUUGAAUGUCCGGAUUUUAUAGAAUACGGUUUCUCGUCAGGAUAUGCACGUAAAUCUUGUACAGUAAAUGGAACCUGGUGGGUAGAUUCCAAGUCAAAUAGAGAAUGGACCGACUACACACCAUGUUUAAACCUCAAGAUAUACAAAAGUUUAGUAUAUGUCGGAAUAGCCUGUUCAAGCGCCAGUUUAGUGCUACUUGUUCCUGCUUGUGUUGUUUUUUUGUCUUUAAGGCAACUGAGAUCCCAGCAUAGGAUACGACUACAUACAUGUCUGUUUCUUUCCUUCAUAAUGACCUGCACCAUGACAAUUCUCUGGGAUUUAUUGAUAUAUAACGACCGUCUCGAUAAUCCGGCUUCUACAAGGAUGCAUCAAAAUACUAUAUUUUGCAGAGUGUUGUAUGCAGUACAUAGAUACUGUUCAACAUGCAAUUACUUUUGGAUGUUUUGUGAAGGGUUUUACUUGCAUCGGUUACUAAUACAAGCUUUCAGAGUUCCCAAAACUCUUACCUGGUAUUACAUCACUGGAUGGGGAGGUUCGUUCCUACCUAUAUUGGUUUACGUCAUUGUUAGACUUACUACAGCUGAUUAUGACUGCUGGGUUAAAAAUAUCGGUAUUUACGAAUGGAUAUUGUACAUUCCAAACCUCAUAUGCAUAUUGUUAAACCUGAUAUUUCUGUGUAGUAUUAUUAGGAUAAUGUUGACCAGACUUCAAAGUCACCCCAACGAACCAAGUAACUACAGACGUGGUCUUAAAGCGACAUUCCUUCUGGUUCCAUUGUUCGGCAUUCAGUUAUUCUUCAUCACAUACAGACCACCAGCAGAAAAAGCAGAUCGUCUUCUAUAUGAAAUUGUAUCUAAAGUCAUCAUAGAUUCUCAGGGAUCCCUAGUGUCAUUAAUAUUUUUCUACAUGAACGCAGAAGUGAGUAUUUCACAUGAUAUAAUUUCAGUAUUAUUUAUCGUAAUGUUUAAAAAAUGA